AAGCCACUUCAAGGGCAUAGGAAUCACACACAGAACACAGAGGUUUAGCCCCGGUCUAGAGGAAUUCCACUGAGAGAAACCACAGUCAAGGUCUUCUUCUGUUUCACUUCAGCAAGCUUGAAUUGAAUCCCUAAGCAAAAAGGGUCUUCAACGUUACCGGAAUGGCGGAGGCACAUCAGGCGGUUGGCUUCCAGUUCACCGUCACCCCAGAUGGCAUCGACCUCCACCUGAGCCGCGAGGUACUCAAACACAUCUACCUGUCGGGAGUGACAUCAUGGAUAAAGCGCGCCAUAAGAUUUAAGAAUGGGAUAUUGACAGGGGUCUACCCUGCCAGCCCAUCCAGUUGGCUGAUCGCUGUGAUAGCCAUCAUGAGCACCAUGUAUGCCAGGAUAGACCCAUCACUGGGAAUGAUAGAUACCAUCAAGAGGACCCUGCCUGUCAGUGACUACAUGACAGUGCAGACCCAGACAGUGCUGAGUGCCAUCCUGUUUGCCACAGGCCUGUGGCUCUCUCUCAUCCUCAUGCUGAGGUACAUUCUCAAGGCCCUUCUCUCCUACCACGCCUGGAUCUUUGAGUCCCACGGCAAAAUGAGCUUCUGCACCAAACUCUGGCUGAGUCUGGUCAAGAUGUUCUCUGGGCGCAGACCUCUCCUCUACAGCUUCCAGGCCUCCCUACCCAGACUACCUGUGCCUAGCGUGGACGACACCAUAACCAGGUACCUGGAGUCAGUGCGCCCCCUACUGGAUGAUGAGCAGUACAACCAGAUGGAGGUGGUGGCCAAUGACUUCAAGAGAGAUGAGGCACCCAAACUCCAGAAAUACCUCAUCCUCAAAUCCUGGUGGGCUACUAACUACGUGAGUGAUUGGUGGGAGGAGUACAUCUACCUGAGAGGCAGGAGUCCCAUCAUGGUCAACAGUAACUUCUACGCCAUGGAUCUGCUGUACGUGAUUCCCACACACAGACAGGCAGCUCGGGCAGGGAAUGUGGUUCACGCUAUGCUGCAGUACCGACGCAAACUAGAGAGAGGAGAACAUGCACCGUUGAGGGCUCUGGGGGUGGUGCCCAUGUGUUCCUAUCAGAUGGAGAGGAUGUUCAACACCACACGUAUCCCUGGCAUAGAGACAGACUUUGUUCAGCACCUGAGUGACCGGAAGCACCUGGUGGUGUACCAUAAGGGACGCUUCUUUAAGGUGUGGCUGUACUACGGGGGGCGUCACCUCUGGCCCUCUGAGCUGGAGACUCAGUUCCAGAGGAUCCUUGACGACACCACGGAGCCACAGCCUGGGGAACUCAAACUGGCUGCCCUCACAGCCGGCAACAGAGUUCCUUGGGCGCGGUCUCGUCUGAAGUACUUCAGCCAGGGUGUUAACAAAGCCUCUCUGGAGGCCAUCGAGACGUCAGCCUUCUUCCUCACCCUUGACGACGAGGCACACGGUUACGAUCCUGACAAGCUGAGAUCAUUGGACCUGUACGCCAAGUCCCUGCUGCACGGGAAGUGUUAUGACAGGUGGUUUGACAAAUCCUUUACCCUGAUCGCUUAUAAGAAUGGUAAACUAGGAGUCAAUGCAGAACACUCGUGGGCAGACGCUCCCAUUGUAGGACACAUGUGGGAGUACGUCCUAGCAACAGACUGCUUCCAUCUGGGUUACACAGAGGAGGGACACUGCAAAGGAGACAUCAACAAGGGCCUGCCUCCCACCGCCAAACUACAAUGGGACAUUCCAUUGGAGUGCCAGGAGGUCAUUGAGGAUUCCUACAUGGUUGCCAAGGAGAUAGCUGAUGACGUGGACUUCCAUGGCUGUCUGUUUGAUGAGUUUGGGAAAGGCCUGAUAAAGAAGAGUAGGACCAGUCCUGAUGCCUUCAUACAGCUAGCACUGCAGCUGGCUCAAUUCAGGGAUAAGGGGGAGUUCUGUCUGACGUAUGAGGCCUCGAUGACCCGGAUGUUCCGUGAGGGUAGGACAGAGACGGUUCGCUCCUGCACCAUAGAGUCCACAGCCUUCGUCAGAGCCAUGCAAGACAAGAACACUAAGAGUGCCCAGAGGUUGGACCUCUUCCGGAAGGCUGCAGACAAACACCAGAAUAUGUAUCGUCUGGCCAUGACAGGCUCUGGUAUCGACAGACACCUCUUCUGUCUUUACAUCAUGUCCAAGUACCUCAACAUCGACUCACCAUUCCUCAAACAGGUGUUGUCAGAGCCCUGGAGGUUGUCCACUAGUCAGACUCCUCAACAGCAGCUCAACAUGGUCGACAUCAACAAGUUUCCAAGAUACGUGGGUGCAGGAGGGGGGUUUGGCCCUGUGGCUGAUGACGGCUAUGGCGUCUCUUACAUCAUUGUAGGAGAGAACCUCAUCACAUUCCACAUCUCCAGCAAGUUCUCCAGCCCUGAGACGGACUCGUAUCGCUUUGGACAGAACAUUCGACAGGCCAUGCUGGACAUUCGUGCGCUAUUCGACCAAAACGACAAGAAAGAGAUGUGAUGAGUAGACAGACUGAAAGGUCUUUAUAGACUUCAUACCACAUUUUCAUGCUCUGUGACAUUACAUUAUUUCCAAAACGGCUAGUCUCUUCUGGGUAACGCCUUUAGAAUGGGUCAAGUUAUAGAUCUUUUGGAUAUUUACUAAGUUAGCAGGAGGGAAUUGUUUUGUAGAAAUAAAUAUUUAAUAAAGCAUUAUGACUAUCCCUUCUAUAAAAUGGCUGUGAAUUUUUAGCAUAGUAUUGAACCAAUUUUGGCAAGAGCAAUGAAGCACAAAAUGCCUUGGUGUAGUGUAGCCUUAAAGAACAUUGAUUCAUAUGAUAUAGUAAUGUAGGUUAAGGAUAGGCAAGGCAUCUGUUUAGUUCAAAGGCAGUUGAAUUUGCAUCUGAUUGUAAUAUGUGUACACUUGUAAAUAGCACUGUUUUGAGUAUUUAAGUGUUGUAAUAUAUAAGGUAGUAUAUCUG